AUGCCACCAAAGUUCAACUCGUUCAAGUGGGAUACCAUUCCAGAAAACCUCUAUACUCGGCUAGGAAAGUCCGGCCUCCAGAUCUCCAGAAUUGUCCUAGGAUGUAUGUCCUUUGGCCGGAAAUCAUGGUUUGACUUUGUGCUAGAAGACGAGGACGAGGUGUUCACGAUCAUGAAGAAGGCGUAUGACAGCGGAAUUCGUACUUUUGACACCUCUUGCAACUACUCCAACGGCUACUCGGAGAUCCUCGUUGGAAAAUUCCUCAAGAAGCACAACAUCGACAGACGCACGGUCGUUAUCUUGAGCAAGUGUUUCUUCCCUGCUAACGAGUCGGAUCCAGACACAAACAUCAUUAUCCCAGGAACGGCCGAAGGCUCAGAAUACAUCAACCGGUUCGGGCUCUCGAGAACAAAUAUCCUGGACUCUGUGGAUAAGAGUAUCGAGAGACUUGGCACUCACAUCGACGUGCUUCAGGUCCAUCGAUUCGACAAAAAUACGCCAAUCGAGGAGACGAUGGAGGCGCUGCACGACGUCGUCAAGUCCGGCAAAGUAAAGUACCUUGGAGCUUCCACCAUGAGAGCGUACCAGUUCGUUGAGAUGCAGCAUGUUGCCGAAGUGCAUGGCUGGACCAAGUUUAUUUCCAUGCAGAGCUAUUACUCCUUGUUCCACAGGGAGGAGGAAGAGGAGCUGAUUGCGUACUGCAAAAAAACUGGAGUUGGACUCGUCCCCUACUCGCCGCUCGCCGGAGGAGUGCUGGCCAGACCACCGGAUAAGAUCUUCAACACUACGACUCGUUCCAGUAGCCCUUUUUCGGCUUCGAUGUUCAGGCUGGGCGAGAUUACCGACAAGGACAAAGAACUGCUUUCCAGAGUCGAGGAGCUCGCAAACAAGCAUGAAGUGAAGAUGGCCACUGUGGCCAUAGCGUGGUGUCUGUCCAAAGAUCACAAUCCCAUUCUGGGCAUUAACAAGGUGGAGAGAAUUGAUGAUGCAUUAGCUGCUGUCAACCUGAAACUCACCGACGAGGAAAUCGCCUAUCUUGAAGAGCUCGAUGUCUCCAGAAAGCUGCCUAACUUGUACCACUGA